AUGACGCGCAAAAUGAACCACGUUAAGGCGCUCUUGGGUUGCCGUGCGAACCGGUGGACAACUGUGCCACAUUUUCCCUUGACGCAGACUCUCACCAAGGCCUUUCCACAAGGUCAAAAGAAGUCAGUUUUGACUCCCGAAAUCGUGAGUGAGAAGCUAUGCGAUGAUAUCCUCCAUCGAUUGUCGCCGCUCUUGCUUCGCAACCGUCCGGUAGACGUGCUUGACCUCUGGCCUGGGGCUGGGCUCUGGUCCUCGAAGAUCAAUGACCUCUUGCAACCCCGACGGCACAUCCUGGUCGAGCCCAACGCGAUAUUCCAGCCAGUGCUAAAACCGUUGCUUGACAGUCGCCCAUGCUAUAAACUACUACCUACCAAUCCUCUCGCCUCUAAUUUUCUAAGUCUCCUCACCAAAAUCUUUCCUGAGCAAGGGCCGUCAAACUCGAAUCGGACAGGUCCCAUGACGAAUGACACCUUACUCGUCCUCGCCCAUCCUCCCCCACCUGCCUCGAAGAAGGAUCAUUUCAGUCCGGCACGCUGGUGGGCAUCAUUCAUGGAUCACUGCAUACGAAACACCGGACUAAGUUCGCACGGGAGUGUGAGGUUAAUCGCCUUCGUUCCGCCGGUUGAUGCGCAGAGCAUUCUUCCCCGAACCUCCUUUGACAAAAAACGACCAGCCGUCUUAACAGAAGCCAUUGCCUUGCAUGCCUUCGAGGUCGCAGCUCCCCAAGACCCUGGAAUUUGGAUGACACACAAGGGAUGGGACCUUGCCCAUCAGAGUGCUGCGCGGGUGGCAGAGAGGGCUGCAGAACAGGGCAUAGUGACCCCGGAAGACCGAGAAUGGCCCCCUUACGAACUCGCGCCAGAGGCCCCGGACCCGGGCUUAAAACCAGUUCCUUACGUGCCGCGUAUCAGAACCAAGACUCAUACUCGCAUGAUCGACACCAUGAAUGCGGAACAAGAACUACUGGACAAGAAAGCACGUACUACCAAGACUGACAAGCCGUUGAAGAGAAGCGAGAAAUACUCGCGCGUCAUCAGAAAUUUGAACCAGGAGAACCGACAUGCCUUUGCCCGCCAAGAGCUCAAUAAGCGUCACGAGAAAAUUGAGGAACUGACGAGGUCGCUCUCGCGAGCGGCCGCCGACCCCCAAGCCAAUUCCACGACCCUACGUCCAUUGGUGAAUGAGAUCGAGGCCCUCAAAUCAGAGAUUGCUCAAAUGCGCUCGAAGGUUCACUACGAUGCAAUCAAGCAGACGCCCAUCACCAUGGAUGACAGACGAGUGGUUCUGCCCACCGGCAAUAUCGACGACGCGACUCUUCUUUGGGACCGUCGCCCCUUCGAACCGCUCGCCAUCGAUCCGCUGGAAUUAUAUCCGCGCGAGGCCGAACGCACCAUGAUCUACUUCGAGCCCGACAGCAACCCUCCGGCGAUGCGCAAACUCUACCAACUCGAACCGGCGCAGAGAAGGGAGGCGCUGCACCUCUUCGAAGCGCUCACCUCCACCUUCAGCAUCCGCCCUCUCUUGAUCACCGAGCUGUUUGAGAGCGCGUUCCCAAAGCGAGACAUCAACAGCCUCGUCCAGGCCGUCCCCAGCCUGGCCACCUUCGCCAUGAAAACCCUCAAACCCGACUUCGACUCUCUCCCCAAGACGAUCCACGGCGACGUCGAAGAUGCUGGAGGCAAGCCCCUUGACCCGGUCCACUGUUACCAGGAAAAUCUCGACUAUGACCUCAGCGACGUCCGGCUUCGCUCCUUAUCCGCCAAAACUAUUAUGGAUAUAUGCGUCGAGUACCAGAAAUCCGACCAGCAACAAACCGCCACGCAGCUGAGUCGCCUCCUAGGCGGUUCGCAGACCUCGUUCAAGACUGGCGAUUAUCUUACUGCUAGGACCUAA